CUUCGGGAUGCCCGGCAGCCCCCCCAACAGCAGCAGCGCCAACAGCUCCAGCAGCAGCCGCCCGGGAAGCCCCUCCGUCGCCAACCAUGAGAGGAGGAGGGAGGAGGAGGAGGAGGAGGAAGAAGAGGAAGAAGAGGAGGAGGAGGAAGCAGCAGCAGUGAAGCAGCCGUGGCAGCGGAGGAAGCAGCAGCAGGAGAAAGAAGAAGAGGAGGAGGAGGGGAAAGAGGAGGAGGAGGAGGAGGAAGACAAGGAAGAAGAGGAGGAGGAGGAGGAGGAAGAAGAGAAGCAGGAGGAGGAGGAGGAGGAGGAAGAGGAGGAGGAGGAAGGCCGCCGCCCCCCGCCGCCGCCGCCCUGUUUGCUGAACGGCCAAGCCGGCGGCGGCGGAGGAGGGGGAGGAGGAGGGGAGGAAACCCCCCCGUAUGAGACCAUCCGGAGCCCCCCCGCCCCAGGAGGAGGAGGAGGAGGAGGAGGAGGAGGAGGAGGAGGAAGGGGCGCAGAGGGAGAGCAGCCCCCCCUGGGCAGCCCCGGCGGGGCGGCAGCGGCGGGGCGGAUGGACGAGGCGGUGGCCCCCGGACCCAACGCCCUGGUCGUCCGCAUCGGCAUCCCCGACCUCCAGCAGACGAAGUGUCUGCGGCUGAACCCGGACGUGCCGGUCUGGUUCUCCAAGCAGCGCAUCCUCUGCACGCUGAACCACAGCCUCAAGGAUGUCCUCAACUACGGCCUCUUCCAGCCGGCCUUCAACGGCCGGGCCGGGAAGUUCCUGGACGAGGAGCGGCUGCUGAGGGAGUACCCGCUCAGCCCAGAGACCCCCGUCCCCUACCUGGAGUUCCGGUACAAGCGGCGCGUCUACACCCAGAGCCUGCUGGACGACAAGCAGUUUGCCAAGUUGCACACCAAGGCAAAUCUGAAGAAGUUCAUGGAGUAUGUGCAGACGCUGAACGUGGAGAAAGUCAGCCGGUUGCUGGACAAAGGCCUGGACCCCAAUUUCCACGACCAAGAUACCGGAGAAUGCCCGCUGACCAUGGCUGUCCAGCUGGACUACUCGGUGGAGGUGGUCAAGGCCCUGCGCAACGGGGGCGCACACCUGGACUUCCGGACGCGGGAGGGGCUCACCGCGCUCCACAAGGCCGUCCGGUGCCGGAACCACGCCGCCCUGAUGACGCUGCUGGACUUGGGGGCCUCCACGGACUACAAGGACAGCCGGGGCCUGACCCCCCUCUACCACAGCGCCAUGGUGGGCGGGGACCCCUACUGCUGCGAGCUGCUGCUGCACGACUACGCCCGGGUGGGCUGCGUGGACGAGAACGGCUGGCAGGAGAUCCACCAGGCCUGCCGCUACGGCCACGUCCAGCACCUGGAGCACCUUCUCUUCUAUGGGGCUGACAUGACUGCGCAGAACGCCUCCGGGAACACCGCCCUCCACGUGUGCGCCCUCUACAACCAGGAGAGCUGUGCUCGGGUCCUUCUCUUCCGAGGGGCCAGCAAAGAGAUCCGGAACUACAACAGCCAGACGGCGUUCCAGGUGGCCAUCAUCGCGGGGAAUUUCGAACUGGCCGAAAUCAUCAAAACCCACAAAGAGUCCGACGUUGUGCCUUUCCGGGAGACCCCCAGCUACACAAAGCGCCGCCGCCUGCUGCUCACGCCGGGGGGUCUCUCCUCGCCGCACCUGCUCCAGCGCUCGGCCAGCGACAACAACCUGAAGUCAGAGAGCCGUGUCUCGGCGGCGGCCAUGGCCUCCUACUCGCCGGUGCCCUCCCUGCGGGGCCUGCGCCCGGGGCUACUGGCCGAGAUGCAGGAGGCCGGGAUCGGCGUGGGGGACGGGAGCCUGGUCAGCACCGGCAGCAGCAGCGCCCGCAGCGCCCACAGCCGCUCCCCGUCCCUCCAGCGCCUGCGCGCCGGGCUGGAGAAGGAGGCCGAGCCACACACCCUGCGGCGGAGCGGGCGCAGCAAGGCCAGCCCCUCCCCCUCGUGCUCCUCGGGGCGGGGCCCCCCGGAGGCCCCCCCGCCCGCGCCCGCCCCCGCCCCCCCGGCGCCCCCCCGCGGACCCAAGAGGAAGCUCUACUCCGCCGUCCCCGGAAGGAGGUUCAUCGCCGUCAAGGGCCACGCGCCCCUCGGGCCCGGAGAGAUCCAGCUCAACCGCGGAGAGGCCGUCAAGGUGCUGAGCGUCGGAGAAGGGGGCUUCUGGGAAGGGACCGUCAAGGGCCGCACCGGGUGGUUCCCGGCAGAAUGUGUGGAGGAGGUGCAGAUGCGGCAGUUCGACCCGCGGCAAGAAACCCGAGAGGACCGGACCAAGCGGCUCUUCCGGCACUACACCGUGGGCUCCUACGACAACUUCACUUCCCACAGCGACUACAUCAUCGAGGAGAAGGCGGCCGUCCUCCAAAAGCGGGAGCAUGAAGGGUUCGGCUUCGUCCUGCGAGGGGCCAAAGCAGAGACCCCGAUCGAGGAGUUCACCCCAACGCCUGCCUUCCCGGCGCUGCAGUACCUGGAAUCCGUGGAUGUGGAGGGCGUGGCGUGGAGGGCGGGCCUGCGCACCGGAGACUUCCUGAUCGAGGUGAAUGGUGUGAACGUGGUCAAGGUGGGCCACAAGCAGGUGGUGUCGCUCAUCCGCCAGGGGGGAAACCACCUGGUGAUGAAAGUGGUCUCCGUCAGUCGCAAGCCAGAGUCGGAGGACGUUGUUCGGAAGAAAGCCCCACCGCCCCCCAAGAGGGCCCCCAGCACCACGCUCACCUUGCGCUCCAAGUCCAUGACUGCCGAGUUGGAGGAGUUGGCCUCGAUGCGGAGGAGGAAAGGGGAGAAGCUGGAUGAGAUCUUGGCCGCUGCUGAGCCUUCGCUGAGAGCCGACAUCGUCGAAGCUGAUUCCCGGGCAGCCACGGUGAAGCAGAGACCGACCAGCCGGAGAAUCACUCCUGCGGAGAUUAGUUCGCUGUUUGAGCGGCAGGGGAUGGCGCAUGGCGGGCCGGAGAAGCCUCACGUCUCCCUGCGCAAAGGAAUCCCGCGGACAAAAUCUGUAGGUGAAGAUGAGAAAUUUGCUGCUUCCCUAAUGGACGGGAAAUUUCCCCGGAGCACCUCCAUGCAAGACACUGUCAGAGAAGGGCACGGCAUCCCUCCCCCACCCCAGACUGCCCCUCCCCCACCCCCCUCCCCCUAUUAUUUCGACACUGCUCCACCCCCAUCCUUCUCCCCCCCUCCACCCCCAGGAAGAGUCUACGACACGAUCCGGUCGAGCUUCAAGCCGGGCCUGGAGGCCAAGCUCCACGGGCUGCCACAGGUCAUCAGUGCGGCCGAGAUGUACGACCAGGCCAGGAUGGCCCUCCCGUACCCCGAGCGGCAGAAGCGGGCGCGCUCCAUGAUCAUCCUGCAGGACUCCUCGCACCUCCCCGUGGAGCCCACUGACAUCCCCCGGCCAGGCCCCUCUGCCACGCCCCCCGAGAAGCUGAAGCGCAAGGGCCGCGGGGCAGUGGACAACCCCUACGCCAACAUGGGCCAAUUCAACGUCAGCCUCUUUGCCCCCACCAAGCCCCAGAGGAAGAAGAGCCCCCUGGUCAAGCAGCUGCAGGUGGAGGAUGCCCAGGAGCGGGCAGCCCUCUCCAUGGCGGCGGCAGGGGGCUUCGUGCGGGAGCCCUCCCCCACCAGGCACAGCCACCGCCUGGGCGGCAUGGAGUACCAGUCCCAUCACCAACAGCAGCCGAUGGACGCAGGCAGCCUCCCCUUUGCCACAGCCAUUGCCGGGGCGCUGAAGGACCGAGACCGCCGCCUGGACGAAAGGCGAAAAUCCACUGUCUUCCUCUCCGUGGGGGCCAUUGAAGGGAGCCCCCCAACCAUAGAGAUGCCAUCCCUGCAGCAGUCGCGGUCCAUCGAUGAACGGGUGCUGGGGAGCAGGGAUGUGCUCCUGCCUUCGCCUGUCUCAGCUUUAAAGCCAUUGAUCAGUAGUUCCUCCUCCACCUUCAUCCACCCGCUCACCGGGAAACCACUAGACCCCAACUCGCCACUAGCGCUUGCGCUGGCCGCAAGGGAGCGGGCGCUUUCCACCCAGGUCCCCUCCAGAGUGCCCACUCCCAUCCACAGCCCAGACUCGGACCGCACGGCGCCCCUGUUUGUGGACAUCCAGACCAAAGAUCAAGAGCGUGGGGAGCUUGAAGGCCUCAUAUCACCUGCGUACUCGCCCGGAGCCAAGGCGCCAACACCAAGCGCCUUGACCCCGACACAGAGCCACUGGGGGAUGCCAAUGAUUACGAGGAAAGAGGGGGAAGUGCGAGCCGAGACGCCUGUCAAGGAGGAGAGGAAAGCAGAAGACAGGAAGUCGAUGAUCAUCAGCAUAGUGGACACGUCACUGCAGAAGACAGCGGGCCUCAUCAUGGUGCAUGCGACCAGCAACGGCCAAGACUUAGGACUGGAUAUGAAGGAGGACAAGGUGCCGGUCCCGGAGGGGGGCCCAGAGCCAGCUGAGCUGUCUGCCACAGAGGCUCAGCCCAGCCCCAUUGGAAAGGCCCCUGUCAGCCCCGCCUCAGACAAAACCCUAGGGCAAGGCAGCUCAGAAGAGGAAGCGGAACCCUACACGGUGACCCUGCCCCCGGCUCAGCUGUCUUCGAGCGACGAAGAGACGAGGGAGGAGCUGGCCAAGAUCGGCCUGGUGCCUCCCCCAGACGAGUUUGCAAACGGGGUCCUGGUCACCACCCCGGGCACACCCAUCAGCCAACUGGCCGCUCCAGCAGUUGCCACGCCAUCCCUACCAGCGGCAGCAGUAGCAUCUUCUACCACUGGUGGAACACCCUCAGGGAAGCCCUCUGAUGCCCCCACGGCCCCCGAGUCUGCCGCAGACUCCGGAGUGGAAGAAGUGGACACCAGAAGUUCAAGUGACCAUCACCUGGAGACCACAAGUACCAUCUCCACUGUCUCCAGCAUGUCCACGUUGUCCUCUGAGAGCGGGGAGCCCACCGACACAUACACUUCCUUUGCGGAUGGACAAACUUUUAUACUCGAGAAGCCGCCAGUGCCUCCAAAGCCAAAACUCAAGUCCCAGCUCAGCAAGGGGCCGGUUACUUUCAGGGACCCGCUUUUGAAGCAGUCUUCGGACAGCGAGCUCAUCGCCCAGCAACACGCGGCCAUCCUGGCUUCCGCCAGCGUCGGCCGGCCACGCUACCUCUUUCAGCGAAGGUCCAAGCUGUGGGGGGACCCCCUGGACAGCAGGCCGAUCCAUGGGGCUGAGGAUGACAAACCAACUGUGAUCAGCGAGCUGAGCUCCCGGCUGCAGCAGCUGAACAAGGACACGCGCUCUUUGGGGGAGGAGCCCGCCGGGACUGUGCUGGACCCUGGGAAGAAGUCACCAGUGGUAGCCGCACGACUUUUCAGUAGUUUAGGCGAACUGAGCACCAUUUCACAGCGCAGCUCGGGCACCACCUACACCGUCCGGCCCGGCAGCCGCUACCCGGUGACCCGGCGCACCCCCAGCCCAGUCAAGCCGGCCGCCCUGGAUAGGACAGACCCCUUGAGCCCCGUGCGGCCCUAUGGGCUCACCCCACCCACCAUCCUGAAAUCUUCCAGCCUUUCCAUCCCACACGAACCCAAGGAGGUGCGCUUUGUGGUGAGGAGCGUGAGUGCCCGGAGCCGUUCCCCGUCGCCCUCCCCGUCACCCUCGCCAGCCUUGCACGCCCUCCACCCGCCCCGGCCCUUCAUGCAGAAGCCCCUUCACCUCUGGAACAAGUACGACGUGGGGGACUGGCUGGAGAGCAUCAACCUGGUGGAGCAUCGAGACAAGUUUGAGGACCACGAAAUCGAGGGCACCCACUUGCCGGCGCUGACCAAGGAGGACUUUGUGGAGCUGGGGGUGACGCGGGUCGGGCACCGCAUGAACAUUGAGCGGGCACUCAAGCAGCUGGUGGACAGCUGACCGUUGUCCCCGCCGGUGGCUCAGAUGGGACAUUCCUACUAGACGAGUACACAGGAACCCAUGGGAUUCUCUUUCUAUUCUACUCUGACCACUGCACUGAAGGGCGGGGAGCUGGCAAGUACCUACUCUCUCUCCUCCCUCUCUAUCACACGCACACAGACAUACACACAGGCCCCUUGGGGAACACGAAUGCUGCAUGAACAGGCACCCCCGUUUCCCAGCGUUGUUGGGGCGGGGGACUGGUCUUUGUAUCUCCCGGCGUGCCCUUCCCCAAGAGAGUCACUGCAGGGCAGGUACUUCUGGGGGAGGGAAGAGGUCGCUCCUUUAUUGGGGAACACCUUUCGAAUGUGAAUGUGUAAUACGUUUAUGGAGCACACUGGUAAAGGCCCAGGGCACUGAAGCGGAGGGGUCCUGGGCUUGAUGGAGAGUAGUCAGGACUGAGUGGGGCUGGAGGAGGCAGAGCUCCAGAGAGGCAAGGGGAGCUCAGGAUCAGUUGGGUCCUAACAGAGCUAUUACUUUGUGGCUCUGGACUGCCGGUCUGCUUGCAUUUGUGCCUGUCUCUAAGAAGAUAAAGUAAGCCUCCUUAGGAAGGGGCUGGACCCCUUGCCAGUGAGUCAGAAAUGUAGGCCCUGGUCCGGGUUCUGCGAGUAGCUGUGGAGAGGGAAAGCCCGCUUUGUGGCCCCAUAGACUGCUGACUGGGAAUCCCCAUGAAGCUCAAAGGGCCCUGGCACCUUUGCGAGGCAGAUUCUCCAGGGUGCAGCAAAGAGGGUUGGCACAAGACCAGAAUACAAGCACCGGCUGUUCAGCUGGCAGAGAGCCGUUCUGCUGGUGAAGCAGAAAAGGAACAACUCCUAAUUGGAGGGCCUGCCUCCCCAGCCCAACAUACACACACACACACAUUCACUGUCUCUCUCUCAGACACACCCAUGUCUCCAAGCCCUGCCCCAACACAAUAAUCAUCUCAUUGGCAGGAAGACCCGAAGCCUGGUCAUGACUGGGGUGAGGGUGCAAGUGAGAGGCAGGAGAACAAGAGAGAGAAACCACACACACACACACACACACAAAGAGAAGGACCUGCCUUUUGGAGGACUGUGUUCUUUGCCCUGGUGAGAGGGGGUCUGAAGUCGCAUGGAUAGAAGCAUGUUUGGGAGCAUCUAAAAGGGAGGCAAGUGGAGAACCCAGCCGCUUCUGCUUUGCCAACAUUCAUGGGGUGGGGGGAGGUUGCAUUUUCUCUGGGGUCACGGGACGCAUUGAAGGAGUCUAUAAAUCUCUGUGCAUUUCUGUAGAUUUGGUGGUCCAAGCGAGAAGGAUGCCAACGCCAGGAUCCCGCCCACUCUGUCCUAGUCACUCAUUUUUGCAUCUUUUUAAUCAGCUAUAUAUUUGAAAAGGAAAAAAAAGAACAAAUAUCUAUAUAUCUAUAUCUAUAGCCACAUUGUUUUGUUAUGGUUUACUAAAGCUAUAUCUCGCUCGAGGAGGAGGAAGGGGGCUCGCUAGCCCUUCCUGCAAAGCUUGUGGGAGUUUUUAGUGACUGACUGAAUGAAUGUGAGAGAAACAAAAAUAGUCUUUUUAAAACUCCGUUCAGAUGCUCUGAAUUUUACAGAUUUGGGGGUGGGGGUGGGGGAGGGGGACCAAAAGACAACGUUGCACUCGGUUUUGGGGACACCACCCAGUCUUCCAUUCUUGCUGGGCAGAGCUGCAGGACAGGCCCUGGCCAGAGGGAGCUGCUUCCUUCCGCCUCGCACAGUGCCCUUCUCCCCUUGCCUUAGCCUCAUCGUCUCUUGCCUCCCUCCCUGGGCCGGGACGGACGGAAGGGGGAGAAAGGGUGGGCCGGGGGCUCCACACCUACUGUAGCCUUUACCAGUGCCAGGAAUGGCCAACUUGCAAAGAGAGGAGGAACCCAGAGCAGGGGAGAGCCCCACUGGCAAAGCUGGCAGGAGGCAGAUGAAACCCAGGCAUUGUCCCAGGGCCCGGGGAAGGCCCGGGAAGAAACGAAAGUGGAAGGAAACCAGCUCUGAAUUGGGGUGAGGUGGCAUCUCUCCUUUAAAGGCAGCUCCAGCUGGUGGGGCUGAGGUGAAAGGCCUUCUCGAAAGUCCUCUGGGGGCUGCAGCAAAUAAUAGUUGGUGCUGCUGAUCCCUACCUGUUGAAAUGCCUCAGUUAGAGAACUAGUGUGGGUAAAAUUGGACCCACACCACUUUGUGGGCCCUACUCUGUUCCUCUCGGCACAGAAGGAAAACCCCUGUGAAACGUGGCAGUGUUGGCCUCGCUGCCUGCUGGGGAGGGGGGCUGGAGGGGAAACACAACCGCAGCGGCUUCUGGCCACGUGGUUCUGGACUAGCCCUCAAGGGAGCCAGCCAGGAGGACACGGAGGGAGAGACGGGAGGCACCAAGAGAGAUGGAUGGAUGGACAGGUGGAUGGAUUGAUGGGCAAAGGCUCCCUCCCAGCUCAGAGGCUGGCCUCUGGCUUCUUCAUCUGUGGAUGCUGGGCUCUGCCUCUGCAGCAUUCCACUUGGCUGUGGUGUUCCCUUUGGAACCAUGUACCAAACUGUUCCAUCUGUGAGAGAGCAAUGGGAAAUAGUCUGCCUUUAAAGUGGGUUAGGGGAGCAGUGCGGCCCAAGGUGCAUUUCCUCAGAGAAGCAUUAAUUCUUCUGGUGCUAGAGGGGUGGAAGAGGGAGACCCUCACCACCCUUCACACAUCUCUUCUUAACCUUUCCAAGUUUAUUUCGGUCAGGGACAAGAAGGAAGUGGCAAGCUGCCUGCAUAAGAAUGUGCACACAAGAACAGGGUACUCCAGCCCAACCCACCCCCAGUAUUCUUGCUUUUGAGUUGCUCCUGCUAGGGGAAGGUGAGACGCUUGGCCAAGGUUCCUCUCAGUUGGGGCUGAAGGAGGAAUUGAGCGGCCAGUCACACCACCUUCCACAAUCAGACCAGGGAGGCACCCACUGGAAAUGCUCCAGCGAAACCAGAGAUGUACCUAGUGCAGGUGCAUCACAGAAGGUUGCUCAUUUGUGACCUCAAACGUGGGCGGGCAAGGUCAUUCAUGUCUGAAUGCCAGGAAGAAGUGCAACAGGUAUUGAUAUCUGCUUGGACUUCUGUGCCACCUGUGUCCUGUUGAAACAACAGGGACCUCUUUGAGUCAGGGGGCCCAUUCGCUCGCCAUUAUGAGACUCAACAGCCAUCCAGCCAUUGUGUUGUUGAAGGCUUUUAUGGCCAGAAUCACUGGGUUGUUGUGCAUUUUCCAGGCUGUAUGUCCAUGUUCCAGAAGCAUUCUCUCCUGACAUUUUGCCCACAUCUAUGGCACGCAUCCUCAGAGGUUGUGAGGUCUGUUGGAAACUAGGCAAGUGGGGUUUAUAUAUCUCUGAAAAGUCCAGGUUGGGAGAAAGAACUCUUGUCAGUUUGAGGCAAGUAUAAAUGUUGCCAUUGGCCAGCUUGAUUAGCAUUGAAUGGCCCUGCAGCUUCAAAGCCUGGCUGCUUCCUGUCUGGGGGAAUUCUUUGUUGUGGGUGUGUUAGCUGGCCCUGAUCGUUUCUUAUCUGGAAUUCCCAUUUUCAGAGUGUUCCUCUUUAUUUACUGUCCUGAAUGUAGAGUUUUUAUUAUACUGGUAGCCAGAUUUUGUUCAUUUUCAUGGUUUCCUCCUUUCUGUUGAAAUUGUCUACAUGCUUGUGGAUUUCAGUGGCUUCUCUGUGUAGUCUGACAUGGUGGUUGUUAGAGUGGUCCAGCUUUCCUGUGUUCUCAAAUAAUAUACUGUGUCCAGGUUGGUUCAUCAAGGGCUCUGCUAUGGCUGACUUCUCUGAUUGAGUCAGUCUGCAGUACCUUUCAUGAUAUGUGUUUGUGUUAAUGGGCCCUAUGUAGACUUGCUGGACCACUCUAACAACUACCAUGUCACACUACACAGAGAAGUCAUUGAAAUCCACAAGAAGCAUGUGGACAAUUUCAACAUAAAUGAGGAAACCAUGAAAAUGAACAAAACCUGGCUACCAAUAUUUUAAAAACUAUAAGAUCAGCACAGUAAAUAAAAAACAACUCAGAAAACGGGAAUUCUGGGUAUGAAACAACCAGGGACAGCUAACACCUUCCAACAAAGAAUUCCCUCAGGCAAGAAGCAAACAGGCUUUGAAGCUGCAAGGCCAUUCAAUACUAAUCAAGCUGGCCAUUUGCAACAUUCACACCUGCCUCAAACAGAGAAGAGUCCUUUCUCCCACCUUGGACUUUCCACAGAUAUAUAAAACCCACUUGCCUAGUUUUCAACAGACCUCACAACCUCUGAGGAUGCCUGCCAUAGAUGUGGGUGAAACAUCAGGAGAUAAUGCUUCUGGAACAUGGCCAGACAGCCCGGAAAUCUCACAGCAACCAAUUCAGCCAUUGUUGAUGACUGGGUGGCUGAAAAGAGGCAUUGGGUCCAUCAGAACAGGCAAUGUGAAGGGGACACAUAUCAAAACUCAAAAAGUAAUUUUUUGAAAAAUCUUUAUGUGCCCAAUCUACACAGUUCACUUUUUAAAUAGUAUGUUUGAAGAUGCUGAAUAUAACAUGUAUUGCAAUCAUUCCAAGCUUAUUCCUUCACUGUGACCUGGUUUAAAACCCAAUACAGUAGACAGGCUAAAUGCCCUAACAGUCUUUAUCUGAUAGCGCCAAGAUAUAUUGGACCACAAAUUCCAUCUUCUUCCAUCAUCAUGCAAUUUAAGGAGAGCUGCCCCAUACCUUCAUCUUCCCACAGAAGGAACACCAUCUCUAUAGAUCCGGUCUCAUCACUUAACACUGAAUAUUCACGUGUUCAUGGCACACUCCUCUGCAUGUGUACUUGUACGCAAGUCGAACUUUGUUCAUUAUGGCUUACUCCUUGGCAAUUCACUGUUUUUAGAUGGCAGGCUACAGUAAAACCAAAGGCUCACCUUGACCAAUGUCAAGGUGCUGACAUCAACCACAAGAGUAUCCUUCUGCACCAAAAAUAUCCCAUGAUAUAAGGUACAAUGCUCCAGGCGCAGCCACAAAGCCUAUGUCCAGUCUCUGUCCUUGUGGUUCUAAGUGUCUCUCUUAUUUCUACCCUGUGUCCCAGACUAAUGACACUAAAAUGUUUUCCAAAUUAAAUGGCAUGAAAUGCACUAACCCAUAAAAAAGUGUAACAUGAACAGAUUAAAAUCAUACUCCUGAAUUCCACAAGAAGGCCCUCAUCCAUACCAACACCCACCAACCUCACAGUUGCACCCCAGGCCUGGAAACACCUAUGACCACAGCACCACACAAGAGUCCAAAGUAUAAACAAACAGUUUAACACAUAAAAUACAUGAAAAACCAGGAAUAAGGAAUCCAAAAAAGGGUUAACAAUACAUGGUAGCCAGGCAGUAAUCCAAAUGUUUCAUGCAAAUCCCAAGGUAAUGCAGUCCAGGAAUAGCCAGAAAGUCACAAGCACAGUGUGAGUCCAAAAGCAAAGGUAUAUUUAGUAAAACUUGAGCAGGAAUAUAAAACAAGAACAUAGAAAACUUCCAGGAUACAUAAAUCCAAAACCAAGGUUUGACUUGAGACAAGAGCCAGGGAACUCAGGCCUAGCUUCUCUCUACCUGAACUAAGAGCUAAACAACAUGCCAGUUAAUAGACACCCAUGAAGUCAUUUCUUUUCCCAUGAAUUCUCUCCUCAACUUUCCCACAUAAGCGCUCUGACUGGAGUUGCCUAUCUUCUGCUCUAAUCUGUAAACAAAGCCUUUUGUUGACCAGGUGUUUUUCCCUGCUUCUAUUUGCAGUGCAGGUCCCUCUCUGUAAUGCAUUCUCCCCUUUACUCUCCUUAAUAGUGGCUGGCGUGUGUUUGGCUGGCUAUUUGCCUGAGUGCAGGCUCUUUUUCGGGCCCAUGCUGCUGCUACUGCUGCCGUGGGCCCCUCUGUCUCGCUCUGUCCCUUCCGCAGCUGUUUCUGGGACAAUGUGAGGAGACUUCGCCUGCACCCGGCCUCCUCCUGAGGGAGGAAGGCCUGAAGACUGCAGACUGGAACUUAUAUCUGCAGGACGUUCACUCCAGGACUGGGAAAGCUGGGUGCCUUCUUCCUUCCUUGAGAAAGCACUGAACCCUGGUUUCUGCUGCUCCUCAGGAAGGCUGGCUAAGACGCCCCCCUGUUGCCGCACAGGGUCUGGGCUCCCCAGCUUCUACCCACAAAGCAGCUGCAGCCGUGCCUGUGUUUGCAAACACUGGGUGAUCCCUGGACGUGCCUUCGAGGCGCCUGGGCGCCAGUCCCAGGGACACCACGGCUCAGUCCUGGUCAGGCAUAGCCCAAAACAGGAAAGAAGCCCCAGCCAAAUAAUCAGGUUGAAGCUGGAAAUACAAAUUGAAAGAAUGUUUGCAAUGAUCUAUUCUUUGGUCAAAGAAUGAGUUUCCUCAGAGUCAUAGCAAUAGCCCACCAAGAAUUUAGCAUGUAUUUCUUUUGUUAUUCAACAUCCCAAAGUGUUGCCCCGGGCUUAUACUGCAGAGGUUUUCUUUGUUAUGGAUGUUGUAUGUAAGGGAAAACUACCCAAAAAUACAGCAGAGCAUCCAAAAACUACAAACAGGAUACUUAUGGUUGAGCAUUCAGCUCACAGCAAGCAGAGCGUGAAGUGCCAUGUGGCUGUAAAGAAUUUAGAACUUAGGAGGCAAAAAUCCAAGUUCAGUCUUUAAAAAUACACAAUGUUUACAAAAGUAUAAUUACAUUUCUUAAUUGUAAAUUACUGGGUCUGAGCUACACUAACUAAUCCCAUCUCUUCUAGUCUUCAAAAGAGAGGGAAAAUUCUCCAAGCACACAUCUCUCCUGACACAAAAGCAGAGAUCUCAAUACACACAACACAUACCAAGGUGCAAAAGUAGAAGUCAAAAGUAAAGACUUGCACUACAAAAGUAUCCAUUCUAUACAACAAAUCAGAAUGAGAGCAGAAACAGAGAGGAGAGAAGAAAUAAAUACAUUCCAACUGUCAUUCAAGAGUCAGGGAGGGAUUUACCUCAGCCUAUUAUUCUAAGCUAACUACUCCUCAUUGAGGACUGCAGACUUGGGCAGUGUGGGGUUGAAAACCAACAUUCUUUACAAAAAAAAAACCAAAAGCAAACAACCUGAUUUGAAUUCUGUAUGGGAGUUACAUCUCAGUAAGCAGACCAACGUAUGCAGGAACUAGAAUUGGUCAGUGUCAUAGCUCUAUUUCACACGAGGGUUACUAUUCUAUUACUGUGUAGUAAAGCAGACCAAGUUUCCCAUGCAGAUCAUGCCUUGGCCCCAAUGGGCAUCAAGUAAUUUUGCUGGUAUCCCAGCAUUCACCUUUGCAAUUCUUUCACUGAGUUUCUCGCUGCUUUGCUACCUAUCUAAAUAUACAUAAGAUUAAGUUAAAAAUAAUAUAAGAUUUUGACAUUUGCUUCUGUCAAGAAAACAGCGUUCUGUAAGGAAAACCUGAUUUGGCUACAGAAAAGUUUUGUGUUUUCCUCGCAGAGUAAUUCCCACACAACAUUUUACGAGUCAUUUAAUACAGCAGAAUACUGUGAAAAAUACAGGUUUUCCUUCUACAGCUGGGAUAAAACCUAAUUAGCAAUCCCAACUCAAGGAGAAAUAGCUAAAGAUUUAUCUUCCUAAUAGGAACUCUUUAGCUGCUAUACCUUUACUCCAUUGUAAGGGAUUGAAAACCAUUACUAUAAAACGUGUUAUGAUAGCAUAUCAGUGAAUCAUAUGAUAAAGAAGUACAAGGCAACCUGAGUCCCUGAAUUCACAGCUGGGUGAGAUUUUAAUUCUCAAGACGAACCCGUGAUUGAAUUCCACACCCAACACACAAAAUUGUUCAAAUCCCAUGACAGCCUAUAGAAUUUUACAGUUUCUCUCUAGAGGCAUCCAAAAAACUACAACUUUGGCCAUUCAAAUCCUCUGAAACCAGCUUUAGUUUCUUUAAUUCUGACACCAUGCCUACUGACAUUGGAGUAAGCCUUACUGAAUGUAGUUGGACUACCUCCUUGUAAACAUGCUUAGGAUUGUGCAGUUUAGAUUAGAAUCACAAUGUCAAGACUGAUAAUGUUGCUUCAAGAUUACCCAGAAUGAUUCACGUGGUUCUUCACAUAUUACGUAUCUCACCUCUUUAUUUAAAGGGUUAAAAGGGGACAUUAUCUUCUCUUUAUGGAAACAUGUCUACAAAUAAAUUCUGUGCUAACUCACUAAAUUCAGCACUUUAUAGCCUGUUACUGGUAUAUAAUUGAGAGGCAAUCUAUUUUUUGGAAAACGGAAAUCUCCAUAACCUUUUGGAGAUUUUAUGAUCUUUGGAAAGGCAUGACCUUGUUAGAAGUCACAACCUUUUGUGAAAAGGAUAUCUUAACUUUUUGGGAAAAUGGCAUUCAUGCAAGGCAAUUACGUUUCUCAGCUGUUAAACGGAUGUACCUAGAUAUCUCUUUGAACUGUUAGGGACAAAGAUAUGCCAGUGCACAAAACACACACACACACACAUAUAGCAGAGUAGUUGCCCCAAAACAUGUAUUCUCCCUUAAAAUAUAGCUGCCUUUAAAUCAUGCUCUCAAGAGACAAAAAUAAGCAGACUUCUUUAAAAGUAACAUAGUCGGUUUACUCACAAACUUCAUAUAUUCAGUAUACAAGUAUUUUGCAUAUCAAUCCAGUUACAAAUAGGAUUUGAAUUAGUUUCUCUGUGCAGGUAAUACAAGGCACCUUUCUCAUAAUCAACAAUCCAUAGUCUAAAGCAUCUCUCUGUUCUGAGAGUCUAAUAGAGUCUCUGUUUCUACACUGAAAGUCUAAUGGCUUCUGCUUCUACUGGUGUCUGAAAGCAUACAUCUGUUUCUACUGAAGUCUCUAAGCAUACUGUUUCUAAAAUGGAGUCUGAGUCCUGAACAAUCCCAGUUCUGAUCACAUGGUCUGCACACCCGCCCACAACAUAGAGUUAAGAAAAAAUGCACACCAAUAUACACAUGCACAGUACAGCAAGCAGUUUGAAUUAUAUACAUAAUAACUAGCGGAGGGUUGAAAAAGGUUGCUAUUUCCAACAUAAGCUUCGGGUACCAGUGACCAAACCAGCCAAAAAGUCCCCCUUCUUCCAUUUCCUCUUUUUUUGCUCAGAGAGAAAUCUUGGAAGCGACACCCUCCCAGCAGGAGCUAGGGAGGCCCACCUUUGCAAAGUACAACAAGCCCACCUUCCGAGAAAGGAGCAGGGAAAACAGAGAAGCAGCAUCUCCCUUGCAAGGAAAACGGACUUCCCCGGCUCUCCUUCAAGAUCUGUGAGCCAGACUUUCAUUUCUAGAAGAAAUCCUUGCCUUUCUGCAGAAGAUACCAUGCCUGAGACAGAGCCUUCCUUCUGCUUUGGCUCAGCAUUAGGAAUAGAAACAUGAUUGACCGUAAAUCUGUUUGAGACAGGUUGGGAGCUCCCGUUUUUGCCCCAAAGGGAUCCAUCGGGGGAGAGUGGGGGAAGUUGUCUCUCUUGCCAUGUCCAGUUUGCCCACUGACCAACAGGAUUUGUCGUGAGUUCUAGACAGAAUGCUUCUUGCUUUGCAGGACUCUUGCGCGAGUCCCACGCCCCACCCAUUCGCGCUCUUGUUUUUGUUUUCCUGGUUGCAAAGAAAGGCUUUCUGCUUUGUUCCCUUCCCCUCAUGCUGUGCUCCAAGAUGGCUGCUUUGCUAGAAGGAACCAUUUCUGUAUUCGGGCCCCCCAAUGUUUCCGCCCAGCUAGCCUGCCCUGCAAGUGCCCACGUCUUCUGCUUUCCCCUCAACAUGGACGGCUGUUGGCUUUUCUUACAGUCCCGUCAGUUGAUGUUCCUCAGCGUUUUGCUCCCAGCUGGAGCAAAGGGUAUUGGUUUUCAUUUGUAGAUAGCUCCUUGCCAGUUUUAUUCUGCCCACAAGGACAGGUCUGUCCCAACUCUCUCCAGAGCAAGUCAUGCCUUUCAUCUAAAAAAAAAGCCAUUCUGGAGAAGGCAGGUAAAGGAACCUGACCGUGACAUCUGAGCGCGAGGGUCAUUCCUAGAACCAACCCCAGGUAUGUGGCUGCGGGAGAACCCGCUGCUGCACACGGACCUACUGUGAUUUCUCAUGGCUUCUCAAUGACUUUUUGUUACCUUCUGUACAAAUUGAGGGCAAGAUUUUCUUUCCCUUUGGAAAUUUAGUUUUUAAGGUUGUUGAUUUUUAUUUCUAUCUUUGGUCUUGACUAAAUCCAUUAAUCUUCUGUAGUCAGGAACUUGGGUUUGUAUUUCUAGGUUUUCAAAGCAAGAAAUCCAAUCCUCAACAUGAUCUUCUCAAUAGAGAGCGGCUUUGCAAGCUGCUGCUCACUCUGGAACAGAAACCCAGUGUGGUUUCCUUUUCAGCCCCGUUCUCCUAAAGACACACACACACAAUAUACAGAAGAGGUACACACACCGAGAAGCAGCUCCCGGUCUCAUCCCCUGUCUGUCACACACACUCACCUGUGCCCUUGGUUUGUUAAAUUGUUUUUUAAUUGACAGGGUCAGUUUGACUUUCACCCCUUAUUUUAUAUGGAUUUCCUGAGGAGAUCUCUCCUUCUGCAAAAUAAGAGAGGAGUGGAUCACACACCUCCCUCUCCCUGACGUUGUGAUAUGCCCCCCCCCCACACAGAGAUCUAUGUUUCUUAUAUUAUAUUAUUAUUAUUAAUAUUAUUAUUAUUAUGUAAUAAAUUUAUAAGAAAUC